AUGACGCGGCAUGUGGACCAAAUUAGAGCUCGUACACCCGCAUGUGAGCCCAAAAACCUUGAAGGUUGGAGUCCCGAUGUCGUCCCCGACAUCCAAUCAAGCGCUCAGGGCAGUAAUGAUUGCGAAUUCUCGGAGAGGCUUAAUGUAUCGUCGCCCGCACGAGCGGACCCGGAGGAAAAGGAGAAUGAGGAUAUCGCUAGCCUGCCCCUGGAUUUGAACCUCGCGACAUCUCCUGCGGUGCCCGUCCCGCGCAGGCGCGAGCUGACACCGAUCCGCUCCGACUCGCCCGGCGAACGUGACGAUGAUAGUGAUGAACUUAACCAACCAAACUCAUUCCUAAGCUUUUUAAAGAUUUUUUUAGUU